AGAACGCGAAAAAAUCCUAAAAAGAAAAAUAAAUUGAGCACGAGAAGACGGGGCCAUGGCUGCAACGGCGAUCGACGAGCCGGAGACGGUAGAGGUGAAGCUGCGCGCCGUUGGUCCGUCCCGGCCCACAAUCCUCCGCCUUCCUCCGCUUAUAUCGGUUGCCGAUCUGCGGCGCAGCGUUGCCCACGACCGGCGUCUGCCAGAAGACCGCCUCCGACUGAUCUUGCGAGGGACGACUCUCCCGUGGGGAGACGACGCCCAUGUCAAACUACGGGAUGGGGAUAGUCUUAUAGUGGCCGUGGCACCUAAACCACCUGCUAAGCAUCUCCGAGAUGAUGAUGACAAUGAUGAUGAUGAUGAAGAACUGAAGUUCAAAAUACCUCAAACAACAACCUGGUGGAAGCGAAGAAUUUUCACAUUUCUUCGAGACAAACUGAGAUUACCUGAUAUCUUGUUGAUGGCACUAUUUUCUAUUACUAUGAAAGCAUGGAUUAUUAUCACAAUGUGGUUCCUGUUGGCCCCUGUUGCUAGAAAGUAUGAAGUAGGACCUUUAUAUAUACUCGCGACGGGUUUCUUGAUCAUAAUUCUUAAUCUAGGAAGACGACAACAAGGUGAUGUAAGUGCUUAUUCCAUAUUUAAUGAAGACUUCAGGGAGUUGCCAGGAACAUUUAAUGCGGAGCGCAUAGAUAGAGAUCUCCGUGCAGGUCAAUUUUAAGCCCUGAUUUGGGUUACCUGGACCGUGGUAUCAUGUGACUGUACAGAAGCAGUGGUCAUUUUCUUUCGGUACCUGCAAAAGAUCCUUUCAAAUGAGUUGCCUUUAUAUGGGUGGACGAUAUGAAUUUACCUAUGCAUUUUCCAGAUAUUUGAAAAUGCAAAUCCAGAAAAGCAGAUUUAGGAAAAGAUUAUGAUCGUGUAGAUAUCGAAACAUGAGCAGAAUUUUUUCAUGGCUAGUGCAACUGCUUUGGCCAUUCUUGUUGCAGAGGGUGGACUGCCUGAUAAACUCAAGGUGAGCUUGACCUCUUUAGCAUUCAUUAUAUUCCCACCCUUCCAGAAAAUUCAAAGAAAUUCUCACAUGUAAAUGAUUGAGUAUUAUGUGCAGCUGUCAAAUUUUCUGCAAACUUGUUGUAUUUGUGGCCUGUCAAAAAUCAGUAUAUUUAGAGCACAUACAGUGUUUUUUUACUCA